UAGAAAGCUCCGAGAGUUGAAGCAAAGAAGGGAGAGAAAAAAACCCUAAUUUUGUGAGCAAUGGCGACGUUCGAAGAAGCUCCACCUGGAGAUCCGAAAACUGGAGAGAAGAUCUUUAAGACGAAGUGUGCUCAGUGCCACACCGUCCAGAAGGGAGCCGGACACAAGCAAGGACCCAAUUUGAAUGGUCUUUUUGGAAGACAGUCUGGGACAACUCCUGGUUACUCCUACUCUACUGCUAACAAAAACAUGGCUGUUAUCUGGGAAGAGAAUACACUAUAUGAUUACUUGCUUAACCCUAAGAAGUAUAUCCCAGGGACAAAAAUGGUUUUUCCCGGGCUGAAGAAGCCACAGGAACGUGCUGAUCUCAUUGCUUUUCUUAAGCAAUCCACUGCUUCCUGAUUUGUUAGUCUUAACCACAGAGUUCCAUUUAUUUUGCCGCAAUUGAAGGUUUCUUGAUGCAGUGCCGGAUAUGAAGUUGUAUUUCUUGUCCCCUAGAAUAAGACUACA